CGCAAACACACCAAAACCAAGCAUACAGCCGCAAAAGGUGCCCAGGCCAAGCGGCCGAGUGAGCGGAGGUUGUCGGAUACGUGCUGCAGACAGUCUCUGAGGGGUUUGCUGAGACAUGAUGCACCAAAAUGUCAUUGUCGCGGCAGUACAACGGCGCUAUAAUAAGCUCUCAAGGCGACAAAAGAUGAUUGCUGCAGGGAGCAUCGUCGGCACCUUUGCGCUCGUCAUGUUAUUGACCAUCAUCUUUCACAAGCGGAUACUGGACUGGGCGAAACCGCUGGCUCAAAAGUACACGCAACGACCAGGCGGCUUUCUUCUACCGUCAUGUUUGCUCAUUGUCGUCUCUUUUCCUCCGCUAUUUGGUACAGAGUUCAUCUCUAUUCUGACUGGCUUUGUCUAUGGUAAUCUCGGCUUCCUUAUUGUUUUAGUGGCCACCACGAUUGGCGACUCUCUCCUCUUCCUCAGCUUCCGGUAUGCUUUCCGCUCAAAGCUCGCUGCAUUCAAGGAGCAGUACCAGAAUUACGCCAUCUUUGUCAGUGUCAUUGAAGAAGGUGGCUUCCCCAUGCUUCUGGCCAUUCGCUUCUCUGCCGUACCCUCACACUUCUCCACACCGCUGUUUGCCAGUGUGCUGUCAAUUGAGUAUCGGUAUUGGUUGUUGGCCGUGGUACUCUCCUCACCAGGCCUCUACCCACCCGUCUAUUUUGGCUGGUUAUUGCAACGUGGACAGUCCUCACAAGCGACACCUUGGUUGAUUGGGAUUGCUGGUCUCAUCACACUUGGCGUCGGCGCUUAUAUCUACGUCGAGUAUCGACGCCAUCAAAAAGCACUAGGUCCACGCCUUGAAGCGCGGAGACAACGUGCAGCUUUGAUGGAUCUAGAGGAACAAGCUGAUUUACUGCAUGUCCGGAACGCAGAUGAGAGUCAUUUUGAGGUUCACUCGAAUGAGGAGGAACCUAGUAAGCCUGCUGCGCAUGGCGAGCGAGAUCUUCUUUAGGCGUCUUUAAUGCUUUUUCUCAAUUUAAUCCUCUUCGUUGAUGCGCACGCUGUCUCCUUGUGUAAACUCAAGCUUCUUCUUUGAACGGCGGCGGCCCACACGGCCGAAUCAUGCCUUCAAUCAGAUCCGUCUUUGCCAAUACGCGUGGAACAUUGCGAGCGAUGGCCAUAUAGCUCAAGAGCGCAGGAUGGCCAAGCAUGCUGGUACUAGAAUCGCGGUGCAUGUUGCUCAGCCAUUCGUACUUCGUUGAGUCGGGGUGUAGUGUGCCAACAUGGCGUUGGUGCAGCUGUUCGAGAUCUAGUUGAGCACGUAGCUUAUCGGCCAUGUCUAGCAAGCUAUGUAACGUAAAUGGAAGAGAAGAGCAGGGGGAGGAAGAGG